CUUGUUCCUUUUCGAACUCAUUGGCCUCUUUAUCUUUCUAUCUGCUCUGGAUCGAGGAGAUGUCACAUGCAGCCAAAGUCCAAUACACUAAAACUCAACAUGCUUUAGCAACCAGUGGCAGUGGGAAUCCAUACACCGGUACCGAAGGAGCCCUGAGGUCUCGGCUCAUCGAUCGACCUUUGCCGGUUGUGGCUGGAGCGCUGGAAUUGGAGCCAUGGCCGUGGCGGAGCCGUCGCCGCUACCUCACAGCUGCUUCCUGCUCGUCUUCACGAUCCUCCUCACAGCAUCCGCAGAUGAAACGAUAACAGCUGGAGUGUCGAUCGGAGUCAACUAUGGGCAGAUCGCCGACAACCUCCCUUCUCCAUCCCGGGUUUCAUGGCUGGUCCGGUCGAUGCAGGUGAGCAAGGUGAAGCUGUACGACGCGGAUCAGAACGUCUUGAAUGCAUUUCUCGACACGGGCGUGGAGUUCGUCAUCGGCAUCGGGAACGAGAACGUGUCGGCGAUGGUUGACCCAGCGACCGCGCAGGCGUGGAUCAAGAACCACGUCCAGCCGUACCUCUCUAGUACGGGCACACAGAUCACCUGCAUCACUGUCGGGAACGAGGUGUUCAAGGGCAACGACGCUGCACUCAAGGACAACCUCCUGCCGGCCAUCAAGUCCAUCUACGGGGCCCUCGCAGUGCUAGGGCUGCAGCGACAGGUGAACGUCACCACGGCGCACUCCCUGGACAUCAUGGGCAGUUCCUACCCUCCCUCGGCCGGCACGUUCCGGGUUGACGUCGUGCCGUACAUUGCCCCGCUCGUCGACUUCCUGUCGAUGGCGAGGUCGCCGUUCCUCAUCAAUUGCUACCCCUACUUCGCCUACAAGGAUGAUCCCAACAGUGUGCCACUGGAGUACGUGCUCUUCCAGCCCAACGCUGGAGGGACCGACACCACCACAGGGUUGCACUACGACAACAUGUUGUACGCCCAGGUGGACUCGGUGUAUGCCGCGAUCCAGGCCCUAGGCCACACCGAUGUCGAUGUGAAGAUCUCCGAGACCGGGUGGCCGUCAAAGGGCGACCCUGACGAGGCGGGCGCCACGCCACAGUACGCCAGGAUCUACAUGGGGAACCUGCUACGGAGGAUCGAGAUGAAGCAGGGGACACCGUUGCGGCCUGUUGUGCCAAUAGACGUCUAUGUGUUCGCGUUGUUCAAUGAGAACCUGAAGCCCGGGCCGGCUUCCGAGCGGAACUAUGGGCUGUUCAACCCUGACGGCACUCCGGUCUACGAUGUCGGGCUUCGCGGGUACCUGCCGCCGAUAGACAAAUCGGAUGGCACGCGAACGGUGGUUCACUUGUUUGCCAUCAUCGCCAUUGCAUCUAUCACUGUCAUGUUAUCCUGAUAGUAUAUACUCUUGACCACUACACGCUGUAAAGCGGAUGAAGAUGUUGAGCCAGAGGAUCGCUUGCAGCUAGGGAUUCCACUUCGAGAUAUUCCUUUUUCGAAACAGGAGGAAAGGCGUUGUGUGUUCGAGAAUUGGUUGGAAGAGGAUGCAUCAUCAAAAUAUCCAAUGCAGAUAGUCAUCAAUUUAUUGAUGGAGUAUCGUAUUGGUAUAGGCACAGAUUAUUGGUAUUGGAUGUAUAGUUAGGUUGUGCUAGUAAAAUCAGCUCCGCUGAUUAUUCCCAUGGCAGAAGGGAGAUACCCUUUCUUUAGCAAAUGAUGAAUAUGAAGUCCGGGUGUACUG